AUGUCAGCCAUGGACAUAGACUCAACAGACGUUUCCACAGUCUUAGCUACUAUUAGACUGGAACUAGAUAACUCAGAAUUAAUAUCGUUAUUUUACCAAUUGGAAGAUUACUAUGAACGUAAAUUAUGGCAUCAAUUAACUCAACAAUUGGAUGAGUUUUACUACACAUUCGACCAGAGUCAAAUCCUGCCUGAAUUGAAACACAAGAUCUAUACUCAGUUCAUUCAACAAUUUGCCAUGAAGUUGAACAUUAUUAAAGUUGUUGAUUUUUUAAUUGCUUCGCAGUUCAAUAAUGAAACCGCCUUGGAUAAAUUGAUUAAUUUGAAACAAGAGUACAUCAAGUAUCUCAAACGCGAACACAAUUACAAGGAGAAUGAAGAUGGGUCGGAAGAUCCCGAGUUUAGUGCCCUUUUAUCCAAUGAUGAAUCAUUGAUUUAUAUUGAUUUACAAAUAAGUCGUUAUUACUUGUACUUGAAUCAAUUUGAAUCUAGUGAACAAACCAUGAGUAAAAUCGAACUGAAGUUUGAUAAUUUAAACAAUGAUUUAAGUGCCAAGAUCAAUGCCGCUUACUACUUGACUAAAUCAAUCGAGUACAAAUUACAUGAGAAUUACAAUGCUUAUUAUACUAAUGGAUUAUUGUUUCUUUCUUCGGUUCCUUCAUUAACUUCAGAGGAGAAAGUACAAUUAUGCUAUGAUUUGUGUAUUGCGGCCAUCUUGGGUGAUAAAGUUUACAAUUUUGGCGAAUUGAUCUUGCAUGAUAUCUUGCAAGAAAUAGCUACCGACAACUCCCCAUACAAUUGGCUAUAUCAUUUAAUUCAAGCGUUGAAUGCUGGUGAUUUAUCACAAUUUAAUCAUUGGUUAUCGAUUGCAUUUACUAAAUCUCCGCAAUUACAACUGCAUCAAGUGUUUAUCAAGCAAAAGAUUAUAAUAAUGGCAUUGUUGGAAUUGAUUUCUACUAAAUCUACCACCAAUAAACGCAUCACUUUUAAAGAAAUUAGUGAGUUUACUGGCACUCCAGUUAAUGAUGUUGAACAUUUGAUUAUCAAAUGUUUUUCAUUGAAGUUGAUUCAGGGGUAUAUUAAUCAAAUCGAUCAGGUAUUGGUUAUCACUUGGUUGCAACCACGAAUUUUGAAUUUGAAACAAGUGCAUAACUUGUAUACUCAUUUGGUUGAUUGGGAUCAUAAAGUUGAACAAUUGGGUAACCUUGUGUAUCAAAGUGGAGGAACAGUAUGGGCCGGUAUAUAA